AUGUCAAAUCUCAUGAAGCUUGAGUUUGUGGCACUUGACAUUUCUGGCAAGAACUAUUUGACCUGGAUCCUUGAUGCUGAAAUUCAUUUGAAUGCAAAGGAUCUUGGAAAUACCAUCAAGGAAAGAAAUGAAGCAUCCCUACAGGAUCGCUUGAAAGCUAUGAUUUUCCUCCACCAUCUCCUUUAUGAAGGAUUGAAAUCUGAAUACCUUAAGGAUUUCAAAAUAGUGAAUGAGUAUAACUCAACAAUGUUCAAAACUGUCUCUCAAUUGAGGUUGUGUGGAGACACGUUUAUUGAUGAAGAUAUGUUGGAGAAAACAUUCACAACUUUUCAUGCAUCAAACAUGCUCCUGCAGCAGCAAUACCGAGAAAAAAGAUUUACAAAAUAUUCCCAACUGAUUUCAUGUCUUCUUGUUGCUGAACAAAACAAUGAGCUUUUGGUCAAAAACCAUAAUUCCCACCCAAUUGGCUCAAAACCAUUUCCUGAAGCAAAUGCAAGCAAUCAUGGCCGUGGUCAGGGUGGUAGUUAUGGUCGUGGUCAUUAUAAUUUUCGAAACCGAGGUGGUCACAAUCAUGCCUCAAAUAAGAAAAGUGCACCAUACCACCAAAAGUGGAAUGACAAUGAAGAAAAACAAGGAAAAGGGAAAGAACCAAGCGGCACAUUUGACCAUUCAUAUGGUGAUGGAAAUACCAAUGUUGGUGAUGAAAAUAUGAAGGAUGGUGAUGAUGAUGCCAAUGAUAGAAACCCCAAUAUUGACUAA